AAUGCCGGUGUACUUGAUCCGCUGCUUUGUUCAUCGCGAGUUUAACUGCAGUCGCUACUGUUUAGUUACCCGCGAUAAUCGCUUCCAGCGUACAAUGGAAUGUGCAAUCUUAAUUAAUAUCAACCACGUAAUGGCGGGGGGUGUACGUCCCGUUAAAUGACGAUAAUGAUGGACAAUACACGCUAAAUAAUAAUUAGACGUGUGCUAAUUAAACGUCGAGCACAACGACGUCCGCUUCCGUUUCAAGCUUUUACUACAAAAGUCUUCCAGCGCUCGUUCUCGGAGUAAAUUAAACGAGCGCGAUAACGCGGCGUCCAAAUAAACGGCACACCUGAAUUGACAAAAUGGUCCGAAUUACGGGUUUUUCAAAGCGCGCGAAGGAAAAUGGAAUGUCGUGAACCGUGGAGCGGGUUCGUUAGAAGCUUUGUUUCAAGACGCCAAUACAUUUCCGUACGAACACGUCCCUCCUACGGAUCGUUGGGCCGUGUUCUGUUUAUUUUCCAUUCGCCGAGCCGUUACGCCAAAUUUCCCCCGAACAGCGAGGUUCGCGAUAUUCAAAACGUACGGUAUUAUUGUUUCAUCGCAUGUAAUUACGCGAAUCAUGAGGCAAUUUGCGAAAAUUAUGUGAUUUGAAUAUUCGUUAACGCUCUGUGAGUAGCCGGGGCGCAAAGACGGAGAGAAGAAACUAUAGGCGCGUAAAAGAAGAACUUUCUACGUUGAAAAUUGUCAGGAGAGUGAAAAUUUCCAGGUGAAGCGGUAUUUUUUCAAGCCCCUAAUCGCCUUUCUCCUACGCCACGAUAAUUGCGCAAUCCUCGCCUCUCAUUUGCCAAACUAACCGCGUAUGUAUGUUCAAUUCACCUCGCGUUGCUUCACACGCUGAAUCGGUUUCUCUUGUGCGUCAUAAUUGCGUCAAAGGUACACACCCGUAAGUAUGUAACACAAGCCUCGUGAAACGAGUUCAUUUUUUCACGGCCCGACGUAGAAGCUUUGCGAAAAACAGCGAAGACGAAACCCCUGAAAAAUUUCAACUUCGGAGUAAGGGAUUUACCAGAAAUGGAUCGAUUCACCGUCGGCUGGUCUGAUCGACGAAUACGACAUAAUCAGACAUUUCUCGCGGCUGCAGAUGUAGAAAGAAAGAUAAACAAGAUAAACAAGAUAUUUUAAACGUUACAAUCUAACGUCGACCUUGAAACGUCAAGCUUGCAAGUUUCUGCGUUAAAGCCAAAGCCCACACCUGCAGUUUCUUCCUUCGUUCAUUGAAUCAUCCGCUCGAAAGAUUGCAUCGUAAUAAACGAAUUUAGGAUGCCUGCAGCCGCAGAUUUAUCCUGGAUUAACCGACCGAUGCCUAAGCUUUUGCAAUGGGUGGACCCCUGUGUCCCGGUGAGACGGGCGUAUUCCUGGCCGCCCGGAUUCGGCCCUGCAGGAUCGUCGGAAUCGGUGUACCUGGGGUACGGGGGUGACCCAUGGGGCACGUCCUCGGCAACCACUCACGCCGCGAAGGAGCGUCACGCGCGUUUUUCCUGGCAGACACAAAGUGCCCCGGCAUCAAGAAACGUCUCGAAUAAAACGGAGACCGAACUCAAUUCCGAAGCUGAAAACAAUUCGUCCCGGUUAAGAAGAUCAAAGCGGGGCGUGGUACACCUCUACAACAUGGUAUUUUGUGCAACCGGGUGUAACCCCCUUGCUUACAAGGGAUACGGAUGUUACUGCGGUUUUUUAGGAUCAGGAUUUUCCAUAGACGGUAUUGACAGAUGUUGUAAGAUGCACGAUUGGUGCUACGAGGCAACCGACUGCCCGAUGUUCUUGGAGUACUUCGUUCCCUACUACUGGAAAUGCUAUCGCGGCUAUAAACCGAUAUGCGCGGUCGAGCACGGGGAGUGGGGAGGGUCUGGAUCGUGUGCCCAACGUUUGUGCGAAUGCGAUCGUGCCUUGGCGGAAUGUCUGCGUCGGUAUCCUUGCCCAACUACCAAAGCCAUGUGCACGUCUUCUGCCUGGAGGCUGGUGCAAAAUUUAUUUAUGGUUAUGUAAAGUUGAACUACAAAUAUGGAAUUUAACGAACCUAUUCAAUUUAAGACUAUUUAAGACUAAUUAAACCUAAUCAAACGUAUACAUAUGCAUAUAUGUACAUAUACAUAUAAGACUU